AGGGGUCCUUCGGCGGGCGGUCCCGGGCGACUUUGGGCGUCCGCACAGCCGGCGGGGUGACAGCUCGGUCUCGUCCCGGCGGCUUUGCUCUCCUCGCGUGGCCGCGCGUCUCCGCAGACAUGUUCCGCCUGAUCGUCUCCCAGGCCCGGAAGCACCCCAGCCUGAUCCCCCUUUUCCUGUUUAUUGGAGCAGGAGGGACUGGAGCAGUACUGUAUUUGACACGUCUGGCGUUGUUCAAUCCAGAUGUCAGUUGGGACCGGAAGAAUAACCCGGAACCCUGGAACAAACUGGGUCCCACUGAUCAGUACAAGUUCUACGCGGUGAAUACGGAUUACAGCAAACUGAAGAAAGAAGGUCCGGACUUCUAAGGGAAAUGGUUCACUAUAAAGCUGCUUGACAUGAAGGUCUUUCAGAAGCCAUCCGCACAAUUUUUCACUUAACCAGGAAGUAGUUCUCCUCUAAAUGCAUGAAAUCAUGUUCAUUUGUUGGAGCUUAUUACACAGAUUAAUAAACCUCUGAAACUUGA